CCGUUUGAACACCUCAUCCUAACGUGGCCUAGCUUCAUCGGAAGGACCGAGCAUCUUAGCGGCAGCUGACGAAAGGGCGAUAUAAACCAUUUUUUAAAAAAGUUGUGGGGACGGGAGGGAACGCAGUUCAGGGAAGCCCAGGCGCAAACGCACCGGGGAGCACUGGCGCCAGCAGCGACUCACGGAAGACACCCAGAACACCUCUCAAAAUGACAGCUCCCGCCCUUCCGGGGCCUUUCCCUAUAGGUGGUUCCAGUCACGUGGCGGCCUGGUCCCGCCCAGAGCUCCCAGAGGCCCGCGCGCGGCGCCGGCAGUUCGGCUGCUUACCUCUGGCUGUUCGGGCGCGGCCAUGGAGGGCGAGCCGCCUCCGGUGGAGGAACGGCGGCGGCUGCAGCAGGAGCUUAGCGAGUUCGUGGAGAGCUGCUGCCGGACGCUGGAGGAGGUGACGGCGUCCCUGGGCUGGAGCCUGGAUCGUCUGGACCCCGGGGAGGAGGCGGCAGAGGAUGAAGUUGUGAUAUGUCCCUAUGAUUCCAAUCAUCACAUGCCUAAAUCAUCUUUAGCAAAGCACAUGGUGUCUUGUAGAUUGAGGAAACUGGGCUAUACCAAAGAAGAAGAGGAUCAAAUGUAUAAUUCUGAUUUUUUCUAUGAGAAUGUGAAGAUACCCUCAAUUACUUUGAAUAAGGACUCACAAUUCCAGAUAAUUAAACAGGCUAGAACUGCAGUUGGAAAAGAUGGUGAUUGUUAUAGUCAAAGGAUUUAUUCUUCAUUACCUGUUGAAGUUCCUCUGAAUCACAAACGGUGUGUUUGUGAUUUAACCCAAGCUGAUCGUCUCGCCCUCUAUGAUUUUGUAAUGGAAGAGACGAAGAAAAAGCGCUCUGAUUCACAGAUUAUUGAAAAUGACAGUGAUCUCUUUGUAGACUUGGCUGCCAAAGUCAAUCAAGAUAAUAGUCAAAAAAGUCCAAAAACUUACCUUGAAAUCCUGGCAGAAGUGAGAGAUUAUAAAAGAAGACGCCAGUCCUAUAGAGCUAAGAAUGUUCAUAUAACCAAGAAAUCAUAUACUGAGGUGAUUCGGGAUGUCAUAAAUGUGCACAUGGAAGAACUCAGUAGUCAUUGGCAAGAAGAGCAGGAAAGAGCAGAGGAGGAUGCUGAAAAGAAUGAAGAAAGGCGAUCAGUUUCAGUAGAUUCACGGCAGUCUGGUGGAAGUUAUUUGGAUGCUGAGUAUUCACGACAUAGAAAGGAUCGGAGUAGGAGCCCACAUAAACGAAAAAGAAAUAAAGAUAAGGAUAAAAACUGGGACUCGAGAAGAAGGAAAGACAGGGAUGGGGAAAGACAUCAUAGUCAUAAAAGGAGAAAGCAAAAAAUAUAAAUGAGGUAUUUGUGCAUGUAUUAAUUAUACUUAUGCCAUGAUAACCAGUAUGACAACAUUUUAAUUACAAUUGCUUUGAGUAGGAGAAUGUUUGUAUGACUUGUUUAGUGCUCAGAUCAUUAAUUUUCAGUAUUUAUGUUUCAAACCAUGAGUACACUUUUAUGUCCUAUAAGUUUGUUUUACUUAUAUUUUAAUAGAUGAUUGCUUCCUAUUACAGAUUUUGUUUCAUUCUUUGUGAUAAUUUAUGUAUCAGAAAAUUCUUUAAUUAAAGUCAGUACUUAAACUAUAUAAAUAAUAAAUGAAUACAUUCUCAUUUAAAAAAAUUAAACCUUAUAGCUAAGGUUAACGUCCCCUUGGAACACAACCUAUAAUCCCUGUGGCCUCACUAACUCAGUAACUACGACUUAUCACUACACUAGUGAAAUGUAAUAGGGAAAAACAACCUAAAUAUCUGUCAGAAGGGGAAUGGCCUGGUUAAAUAAAAUAUGGUAUAGUCAUGUAAUAGAUUAUUAUAUUGGAUUUAAAAGAAAUAAACUUUUUAUUAACAUGGAUAGAUCUCAGAAACAUAAUGCUAAGUGAAAAUAGCAAACUGCAGAAAGAUAUAUACAAGUUAUAUUUAUGUACAAUAUAAUACUGUACAUUUUCUGUGACCAUAUAUGUAUGUAAAUAUAUUUUUAAAGGUUCAGAAGGACCCAUACCAAACCCACAACAGUAGUUAUUUGGGGGAGGAGGUAUAGAUGGGAGAGAUGAGGAAUGAAAACCAGGAUUGAGAGGGUGGUCAAAGAAAACUUUUGUUUUAUCUACAAUGCAUUAAUUUUUUAAAGUAUUCAUCUUUCACUUGUUAAUUAAAAAUAGAUUUUAAUUAAAAUUAAUAAAUAUACUGUCAUUUUCUUUUAUGUAAAUCAUCUUUAUUGAGGUACUGUUUAUAUAAAAUAAAAUGCACCCAUAUUAAGUAUACAUUUCAUUUAAUUUUGACAAACUUACACCCCAGCCAAUGAAGUCAUCACCUUGAUCAAUAUAGAGAACAUUCCUAUCACCCCCAAAAAUUCUCAUAUGCCCCUUUUACCAGUUUCUCUAGGCAACCACAGAUCUGGUUUUUGUUGCUGUUGAUUAGAUGUAUCUUUUUUAGAAUUCAUAUAAGCGGAAUACUGUAAUAUGUACCUUCUUCCACUCCACGUAUUUUUGAGAUUGACCCAUGUUUUGUGUGUCAGUUGUCUGUCUCUUCCUUUUCGUUUGUAGUAUAUUCUGAUGUAUGAUAGGUCCCUCAGGUGAAACUUGGCCAUUAAAUGUUAAUCAUUUCCUGUCUAAUAGCAAUAUCUUGAAUCUUAGGAACUUAGGGUAAAGAUUCCAAGGUGGGUUCCAAAUAGAAAUGAAACUAAUUAUUUCAGUAAGUAACUGACCGUGACAGAAAGGUUGACUGGAUUUAGAUCAGAUUGACUCUUAGGCUUUAGGUAUAAAAAACAGCUCUCAGAUUUAUAAGUUGGAAAUCAACCGUUCACUUGCUAAUAUGAAGUCUUAUUACUGCUGUUGUACUUAAUUUCUAAAUAUAUAAAAUGCAGAUUUAAAAAUCUUAAGGACUUUGGCGUUACCACAAUGGUGAACCAUGUGUCAUUGCUGCUUUUGUAGGUCAAAACCAUUUGAACUAAUCAACCAUUUUAUAUGUUGUAACUUAAUUUAUUAUUUUGUUUUUCAAUGUGAUUUCAAUGAUUUUGCUGAGUGGAAGAAACUAAAGAGUGAGAUUGAAAGGCAUACUUGGAUUUUUAGUAGAAGAGAGAAAGAAGUGCGUUGGUGGGCCUGAGGAAGAAUAGGGCAGAUGGAGAAAGAUCAUCUAACCAGAGCGCGUGCUUCAGUGGUACACGUGCUGGAGCUAGCAAGGGUACAGAGAAGAUGGGCAUGGCCCCCGCGCAAGGAUGAGACCUGAAAUGUAACCAGAGUUCUUUAUAGAUUUUUAAGUAUAAGACCAACUACUGCAAACUAUUCCAUAAAAUGUAGAUUUCGAUGAUAA